UUUAGCAGUUCGCGGUUCGCAGACGACGCUGACAAAAAAGUGGAACCAGUUAAAUUUGGCCGUAUUUUGUAGACUUUUACGCCGGAAUCAUACCAUUCCAAAAUGCAAAACGUCGUGGUGAAGAACAUUUUCGACAACUUUAACGAGUACCUGACGAAAGAGCAGGAACUUCGUACGGAAAUACGAGACAUCGUUCGGGACAUUGAUCAGGCAGCGAAAGAGGCGGCCAUUGCGCUACAAAUUAUUCACAGCAGCAUUGCCGACGUGCCGGGGGCCUGUGUCACCGCGCGAAAGCAUUUCGACACGUGCCGGACGGGGUACGGUAAGCUGGCGGAACUGAUUCCGGACGGCCAGUACUAUCGCUUCAACGACCACUGGCACUUUUUGACGCAGCGCAUCGUGUUUCUGAUCGCUCUCACGGUGUACCUCGAGAAGGGGUUCCUCGUUAGCCGCGAAACGGCGGCCGAAGUUUUGGGACUGUGUGUCGAGCAGAAGGAUGGAUUUCACCUGGACAUAGAAGACUACUUGAUGGGCGUACUUCAGCUCGCAUCAGAACUGAGCCGUUAUGCGGUCAACUCGGUCACCCUCGGUGACUACGAGAAACCGUUGACCAUCUCCAAGUUUGUGGCUGAUCUUAACUCGGGCUUCCGUUUGUUGAAUCUGAAGAACGAUUCGCUACGUAAGCGCUUUGACGCGCUCAAGUACGACGUCAAGAAGAUCGAAGAGAUCGUCUACGACAUCAGCUUACGGGGACUGCGUGGUGAGACGGCAACAACCACGGAACCAGCGAAACCGCAAUAAAACUCACGCUCUGAACCGCCUAAUAUUGCUCACGACAUUGAUUGAUUUUUCAAUAAACUGAUCUUUGGCCCUACCGCUGAGAACAUUUUCUA